GUUUCCGAGCCCAGCUUAUCCGAAGGAUGCUAUUCUGAUGACGACAACGUCGCUACUUGGGGAAAGCGCCGGUGUCCUAAUUGUCUGAAUGGCGGAGAGUACCAAAACCAGAUAUACGAUGUUGAGUUCGCAAUUCAUGCAGCUCAGCAGGAUGCACUCACAUACGCUGAACAGUACAGACAGGCUCACGAGAGAGCUGAGGAACGACUGAGUACUAGAGACGGAAAUAAAACGUCUUCUUUGUCGCUUCAGAGAAGUAUCGGCUCGGCAAGACCAAGCCAGCCGACUUCAGGUCGGUAUACUGCAUGGACGACAACCCCAAACCUUCGUCAAGCAUCCGGAGGGAAAGAAUCGCCUCGUCAGGAAUGA